ACAACCCCCCUUCCCUUUAAAACAAAAAAUCUAUUGGCUCAGAAAUUCCUUGCUCGAUUGGAAAACUGCAAAAAUUAACGAACUUUCCACAAGUAGUCAUCUUUAGAUUUUCAGGGUUGGUUGGAGGAAGUGUUGUUGCAGAACCAGCAGCCAUGGAUUCCGACGUGGGGCGGAGGAUAGGGACGACGGUGCGGGAGGUGCUGGAGGAAUCGGACAUGAACAACACCACCGAGUACAAGGUGCGGAAGCUGGCGUCCGAGCGGCUCGGCAUGGACCUGUCCCAGCCCAAGUACAAGGCGAUCGUGAGGCAGGUGGUGGAGUCCUUCCUCGAGGAGCAGAAGGCGAGGGAGGAGCAGAAUGCGAUGGGAAAGGAAGAGGGGGAAGAGCAAGAGGAGCAGGAGGAGGAGGAGGAGGAGACCGGGAAGAAGUCUGGCGGGGAUGCGGAGUACACUGAGGACGGCGACCUUAUCAUCUGCAAGUUAUCAGAAAAGAGAAAGGUGACGAUGCAAGAGUUUCGAGGCAAACCCCUUCUCUCAAUUAGGGAGUACUUCAAGAAAGGAGGCAAGGAAUUCCCUACUUCAAAAGGCAUAAGCUUGACAGAGGAACAAUGGUCUGUCUUAAGAAAGAAUGUACCUGCUGUAGAGAAAGCCAUCAAGAAGCUGGAGUCAAACGCCAUGUGAGAGUUGAUUUCCUUUGAAUACAUUGGCACCAUCCUAGAGCCUCGGACAUCUUGAACUGUUUGAGUUUUGUGAUCUAACCAAGAUCCAGCUCUGGAUUGCGGGGUUUAGUUGUUAUCUUGAUGUCAAAUUUUGCAUCAACUCAAUAUCCGUGGUGCUGUCUCAUAUUUUCACUAAGUGCAACAAUGUUUCAUCAUAAUAAUGCAGCACAAGACUUAUUUAUGCUUGGCAAUCACCAAGAUUUUAUGAA